GUCGCACUGAUGGUGAUGUGGUGUUUAUAAAAUUUCAUCAAAUAAAUUAUAGAAUUUUAAAUAGUUGUAUCGAAAAACACAGAAAGUACAUAGCAUCCAAUAAGCAGACCGACCGGAGUUUGGAGCGUGCAAGAUGAACUACAAUCCAAAUGCGGGUAUGCGGAAUCGUAAGUGGGAAAACUGUAAGGAACAAGCAACGGCAACACAAGGUGGCGGCCGCCCGCGGCCAAACAAGCGCAUCAGCGACAUGAAUGCGAUGGGUCCGUCGGCCCCCAUGAUGGGCGGACCUACCUUCAUGCCCCCGACAGCUGGGCCCGGCAUGUUGGACCCCAACAUGUAUGGCGGCGCCCCAGCUGCUGCUGCUGCUCCGUCGACUGGCUACGGCUUCAAUGUGGCACCAUCUCAGCAGCCACAGCAGCACUAUCAGCCACAGCAGCAGGCGCCACAAAACUAUCAGCAGCCGCCACAGCAGCAGCAGCAACAGCAGCAGAGCUUCGGUUAUGCGCCAUCGCAACAGGGAGGGGCACCGCCCCCAUACGGAAUGCCAGCUGCGCAGGCAGGACCUGGUGGACAGUUUCCACAGUUCGCGAUGCUGCAGCAGCCCAUCGUGCAGGACAUGGCCAUGGAGUACGGUCAACGCCUGGCUGAUCAGGGCAGGCAGAUGGUGGAGAAUCAGUUCGAGAGAUGGGUGCCCGUGGCCAAGCUGAGGUACUAUUUUGCCGUGGACAAUGCCUACGUGGGACGCAAGCUGCGAUUGCUCUUCUUUCCAUAUAUACACAAGGACUGGUCCUUGAAGUACGAUCAAGAGCACCCCGUGCAGCCCAGGUACGAUGUGAAUGCGCCCGAUCUGUAUCUUCCGACGAUGGGGUACAUCACCUACGUGAUUGUGGCCGGCCUGCUGUUGGGCAUGCAGAAGAGAUUUUCGCCCGAGCAGCUGGGCAUCCAGGCCUCCAGCGCCAUGGCCUACAGCAUCUUCGAGCUGGUCAUCUACUCGAUAGCGCUGUAUGUGAUGAAUAUCAAGACGAGCCUCAAGACUUUGGAUUUACUGGCAUUCACUGGAUACAAGUACGUGAACAUUGUGGCCUGCCUGAUGUUCAGCACGCUCUUCUACAGGUCUGGCUACUUCAUAGCCUUGGCCUACACCAGUUUCUCCUUUGGUUUCUUUCUGCUUCGAACGCUACGAACGAAACUGUUGCAAGACAGCGCGCCUGCUGUCUCCAGCAAUGCCAUCAACUAUGAUCCGUACAGCAAUCCGCAGGAGCUCGACUACAGCGGCGGACGCAAGCGGAAACUUUACUUUCUGUUCAUGGUUGUGGCCGGUCAGGCUGUGCUGGCGUUUCUGCUCUCGAAGCAUUUAUAUCUACCCGAAUCGGAAGUACUCUUAUCGGUGCCCAAGGCCUUUUAACUUUACAGAUUGAUAGAUUAAAUUUGUCAGACAAAACCGGGGAGGAGCCGAAAUCAUUUCCAGAAUGUUAAAUCUUCGUAGUUCUUCGUAGUUUAUGAAUGGUUAGCUGUUACUUAAGGAUUGGGAGAGCGAGCGCAUGCCCGUGCCAGCGUCUGCGUCUGAGAUUUGCGUAAGAGAAACAUAUUUUUGUUAAUAACGAAGCACAUUUUAUAAAAUAAAUAAAUACAAGCUAUGAAAACGA